AUGCACUUAACAAAGCCCAUGCAAAAAUGGCUCGGGAAGGUCCCAAUUGGGAAGGGUUUGCUUAAAUGGAGCCUCGCACACUCAGUUGGUACUAACUCUUCUCCUAAUCUGAGUGAGGAGGAUAGAAUGUGGUUUAUGGAAGCAAUGCAGGCACAGACGGUUGUCAUUGCUAAGCGAAUGAAAGAGAUAACACUUGUUAUGAAGAUCCCGGAGCAGGUUUUGGAGUCUCAAGGGGUAACUCCUCAAGAUAUUGAAGAUAUGUUGGAUGAGCUGCAAGAUCAUGUUGAAUCGAUUGAUAUGGCAAAUGAUCUUCACUCUAUCGGUGGCUUAGUUACUCUCCUCGAUUAUCUCAAAAACUCACACGCGAACAUAAGAGCAAAAGUUGCAGAAGUUGUUAGCACAAUCGUCCAAAACAACCCGAGAAGUCAACAGCUGGUCAUGGAAGCUAAUGGUCUCGAGCCGCUUUUGUCGAAUUUCGCUUCGGAUAUUGAUGUCACGGUCCUUACCAAAUCACUCGGUGCGAUUUCAUGUAAGGGAUUUCCUCGUAUUUUCUUGCAACUCGCGUCCAGCGAGGAUGCUGACGUGCGUGAAGUUGCACUGAAGGGCCUACGCCAGCUGGCAGAAAACCGGUCGGCAGCCAAACCAGAUACCCGUCUAACUGGAGAAGACGAGGAGAAACUGAAACAAAUUCUACAAGAGAGAAUUAAAGGGAUUAGCCAGAUGUCACUUGAGGAAAGGCAGUUAGUGGACUCCCUUUGGAGCAUUUUUAAUCACGGGCCUUGUCCUUUGCGUGAGAAUGGGCUUCUUGUUUGGCUCGAUGAGGAUGUAUCUCCUUUGGAUGUGGCCAGCCAGCAUUUUGAGCCUCCACUCAGAGCUUGGGCCGGGAUAUGA